UAGUAAAUUUUCAUAAAAAAAAAAUAAGUAAAAAAUUGUUAUAUUCGCCAUCGAUAAUAUUAAUGAAAAAGAAAAAAAAAUGAAAUUGUGUAACGUAUUAAGAUGAUAAUAAUCGAUUCAAUCGAUCACAAUAAUCGAGCUCAAGGGUCUUAUAAUCGAUCACGUCAAGGAUUUUAGUACCACCAUCCUUCCUCAGAUUUUUUCGAUGUAUCAUUGAUAUCUAUUAUCAAAGAAGGUAGAUCUAAUUUUAUUGGACUCCCACUUGAGUUAUUCGAUCUCGAUCAUACUUGGCUAUCAUUCAAAGCAUGCGCGAUAGAGUUUGACGAAAAAUAAUUGGCAAUCGUCGUUAAGGUCAACAAAAGAUCGAACCGAAUUUGCACGAGUCAAUCGAUUAAUCAAUUAGUCAGUCAGUCACUCAGUUCAUCCAUUUUCGUGUUGUUGGUCGAUAAUUAUCGUUACGCUCAUUUCUUUUUUGGUUUUUAAAGUCGUGACAAACGGAAAGUAUAAAUUAACAGUUUUUAAGAUAUUUUAUAUAUUUUCCGAUUGUUUUACGGGAAAAAAAGACAGAGACAGAAAAAGAAAGAAAGAAAGAAAAAAGAAUUCUUUAAAAAAUUAAUAAGUUAUUCGAGAAUAACACCGCCGGAGACCAUGUCGGAGAAGUUGAAUGUAUGCGUCGUAGGAAGUGGUAAUUGGGGCUCAGCAAUAGCAAAGAUCAUUGGUGCAAAUGUCGUCAAGCAUAAUAACAAGUUUGGCACACGUGUACCUAUGUACGUGUAUGAAGAAAUAAUUAAUAAUCAGAAAUUGACAAGUAUAAUUAACGAGUUACAUGAAAAUAUAAAGUAUCUUCCAGGACAUAAGCUCCCAGAGAAUGUGGUAGCAGUUCCAGACGUAAUUGAAGCUGCAAAAGAUGCUGACAUACUGGUCUUCGUUUUACCACAUCAAUUUAUUCGGACACUUUGCGCUACAUUACUUGGACAAAUUAAACCAACUGCGGUUGGUUUGUCGCUGAUUAAGGGUUUUGAUCAAGGGGACGGUACAAAUAUCGAGCUUAUUUCUAAAAUCAUCGAAAAGAAUCUGAGGAUACAAUGUCAUGUACUGAUGGGAGCAAAUUUGGCAAAUGAAGUUGCAGAGGAAAAAUUUUGUGAAACUACCAUUGGUUGUAAGGAUAAACGUUUGGCACCAAUAUUGAGGGAUCUUAUACAAACACCUAACUUUCGUGUGGUAGUCGUUGAAGAUACGGCAGCUGUUGAAACAUGUGGUGCACUCAAGAACAUAGUGGCAUGUGCCGCUGGGUUUGUCGAUGGCUUAGGAUUAGGAGAUAACACAAAAGCUGCCGUUAUCAGAUUGGGUCUUAUGGAAAUGAUAAAGUUCGUUAAUACUUUCUUCGGUAGUGCAAAACUUGAUACGUUCUUCGAGAGCUGUGGUGUAGCUGAUUUGAUUACAACUUGUUAUGGUGGAAGAAAUCGUCGUAUAUGUGAACAAUUCGUUAAAACUGGAAAGAGUAUCAGAGAGUUAGAGGCGGAACUUCUUUCCGGACAAAAAUUACAAGGUCCUGCUACAGCUGAUGAGGUCCAUGGAAUGUUGAAAGCUAAAAAUAUGAUGGAUAAAUUCCCACUAUUUGUUGCCGUACAACGUAUAUGUCACGAAGAAAUAAGACCGGGUGAUUUGAUCGAUCAAAUUCGUAUUCACCCCGAACAUGUGUUGAGAGUUGAGGGUGCUGGACAGUAAAAACCAUAAGUGAAGUAUGCUCGUGGCAAUUCUUGACUGAAGAAUUUAAAUUUAUGUGAAUAAAUGUAGAAUACAUUUAAAAGUUCGAUAAAGGCUAUGUGAUUAACUAAGGAUCGUUAAUUCACAGGAACAUCCAAUAAAAUAUAUUGUAUCUAAUAUAUUAUGAAUAAAAAUUUACUCAUUA